AUGAAUCUUCUCAACACUGAACAUUUAUGGUCGAACCAGGAUUCGUUUCUGGAUAUACCUCCACAAGAGCUACAAGCCAGGGAUUAUGAGCUGGAAAAUGAUCUGUUUGAGUUUUUCUAUAAAUCAUUGAUUCAUAAAGACAACCUACUCAAAGGAGACCAGCUUAGCAGUAUAAUUAAUCUUUACGAAGAGAGAGAACAAUAUCUUGAGCAUUGCAACCACCAAAUUACUAGGAAGGUGAUUCAAAAAAUAAAACAAACUCUACCUGAAAGAGCUAUGAUAGAUAGUCAGGGACUUAUGUGGCCGUCUGAAGGACUUCGAAACAAAGUUUUGAGCCAAAGAAGCAACUUAUUUCACAGUUAUACCCAUCUACCAGACUCACAUCGAUUGGCCAAUUUGACCGUGGAUUUUAAAUUGCAGCCUCACAGCGGCCAUUAUGACUCCAAAUUUAUGCAAAUCCAACCUCUUUUUGAGUUUCACAAGUUCUUUACGUUGCCGAAACCAGAUGUGACCCAUUUCCAGCUCCGCCACUUGGUUUACUGUGUUGACAAAAAUAGUGUCUUUUACAUUGAAAAUGGACCAGAAAGCUCUAGAAUCAUGAGAUUAGACCCUGAGACAAACAAAAUUUAUACCCAAUUGGAUCUGGUAAACUCUCAGUUUGCUGACUUGAAGAUCUCUACCAUCAGUGCCAAUAGAUCACUGAUCAGUAUUGGAUCAUUUAACGGAACUCUUUUAACUUACGACUUACAUACCAACAGAUUUCAGGAAUACCUUUUGACCAAUCACUUGGAUGGAAUAAUUACAUAUAUUCUGAUGUCCAGACACCGCUCGUUUGCAAACCAAUUGAUGAUAUCCUCAAAUGACAAAUUCCUCCGAAGUUUCGAUUACACAACGAACCAAGUUAUUAAAGCAGAUAAGUUGGACUUUGCUAUUAAUACCAUUUGUGAAGGUCCAGUAUCGGAACAAAGUCAAGUACUCAUCUCCGGUGAUACCCAAAACAGUUUCAUCAUAGACAGACGAUUACCGAAAUUAUCAGCUCUACCGAUAAUUCUUACGGGACAUUAUGACUAUACAUUUGCUUCAGAUUGGAAUAUCAACCAUCUCAUUGCUACUGGAAACCAGGAUGGCACAGUAAGGAUAUAUGACACUCGUUAUCUAUCUAACACAACAAAAAAUCCUAGCGGAAACUCAACAUUAUUUACUUUUUCGGGCAAGCUAAACGGGGCCAUAAGGAACUUGAAGUUUGAUGAUACCGGAAAUUACCUGGCAUUUGCUGAAAGCAUAGAUAAUGUCUACCUGAUAGAUCUAAAAUCAGGCGGCUUAGAAAACAUAGACCCAGGCUUAAUGUGCCCACCGACACCCCCAUCUUCUAGAAUUCCGCUUCAGUACCAACCGAUAUCAUGUAUUGGCAAAAUCACCGGACUAAGUUUCAUACCCUCAGAGAAUAACACCCAGGUUCUUACAAUUGGAAUUACUGACUUUUCGUCAGGAGGAAUACUACAAUAUAAGAUCGACAACUACGUGGAUCCGCAAAUUGCGGCCUUCAUAUGA